AUGACGACACUGUUACGUCACGGAACUGCCCAACCGACUGUUAAUGUAUCACAAGGCAUGCUGCUGGGAAACACAGUCACUACACGCUACCAGUUUAGAAACAUCGACAUAGAUGCGUACAUUGGCGUACCCUUCGCUGAACCACCUACCGGGGCCCAGCGCUUCAGGCCCCCGGUAGCCCUUGAGUCAUGGGAGGGGACAUGGAACGCAACUUACGCAAGAGACGCAUGCGCUCAGUCGGUCAUACGAAGCAGUGAAGACUGUCUGUAUCUCAACGUUUACGUGCCAGAAGAUGUGCCUCCAGGAGCAGCAGUUAUGAUCUGGUUCCACGGAGGGGGUUUCAGCCUGGGGCAGAGUACAUCCAUAACCUAUGACCCCGUCACUCUUCUGGGCGUGGCUAGUGACGUCAUUUUUGUCUCGGCAAACUACCGCCUUGGAGUUUUUGGCUUUCUAGCAACGGGAGACGAAGCAUCGCGUGGAAACUACGGAUUGCUGGACCAGGUUGAAGUCUUGAAGUGGGUGCAGACAAAUAUAGAAGCAUUUGGAGGUGAUCCCUCCAGAGUCACCAUCUUUGGUGAGAGUGCAGGAGCGUCAAGUGUGUCUCUACAUCUAGUGUCUCCGCUCACUAAGGGUUUAUUCAAUCAAGCAAUCAUGCAGAGCGGCACAUUUCUAUCACCCUGGGGUUUUGACUACAGUCGUCAGAGUGAGAGGAGUUUAACCAACGCCAGGAACCUUGCCGCCCGACUGGACUGCCCGACGGAUUCUACCAUCGAGAUGGUCACGUGUCUGCGUAAUGUGCCAGAGUUUUUCCUCACUAACGCGCAGGGACAGGUUAUACGCGAGACAACCACGAAUGACCUUGCAUUCAAGCCGGUUAUAGACAACUUCUACGUUACCGACACUCCGGAUGCUCUGCUACAGAAGGGCGCCCUCCACCCAGCUGACAUCUUAAUCGGUACCAAUAGAGAUGAGGGGACGCUGUUAGUGCUGAGUGCGUAUGUCAGACCUAACUUGAAUACAGAAGAACCUCCUAAAAUACCUCUACCGGACCUGCGAGAUCUGCUCCCACGUUUCUCCUACAACUACAACCACCCGCAACUCCUGAGUGCCAUAGAGCAAUUCUACAUCGACUGGUCGAUCGCAGACAACUCGACCGAAGAUCAGUACCAAGCAUUCGCCUCCAUGAUGACCGAUGUCGCGUUUGUCUGCCCCACGGAUAACUUCGCCCGGAUGGCGGCAGCGAGCAGCGACCGCACCGUGUUUAUGUAUCACUUGACCCAUGUUCCGCAACGGUCGCUACUCAGCCUUCCCGGAGAGAUAGGACCAAAGUGGCUCGGUGUGGGCCACGCUGAAGAUUUGCAAUUCUUAUUCCUGUUUGGUUUGAAUUCUGAAAGGGCGUUCAUUCAGUCGCGAGAAGACAUCGAGGUCGGGACUCAGAUGGUUAAAUAUUGGACCAAUUUCAUCAAGCAUGGUUCCCCAGAUGAACCAAAUACUACCCCAUCGGACCCCUGGCCCGCCUACCGACCCCCUUCAUCUACAGUAUACAAAGAGUUGUCACCCACCAUGAAAAAUGGUCACUCGCUUAAGGCCAAACAAUGCCAAUUCUGGAACUCCUAUUUACCGAAACUAGCAACAUUUACAGCUAACAGUACCGAUCUGGAAGCUGAUUGGUCAGAUGAAGUUACGAGGUGGCGAGAGCAAGAUAUGACUGAUUGGUACACAUCUUUUAAGAACUACACAAAUGGCGUCUUGUGA